ACCCCCCAGGGAUGCGUGGGCCUCGCCUCCUUCCUGUUAUAUAGGCCUGAGCGCAACUUCUGCCAAAAGUAGAGCCCGUGCAUCAGCCCGCGGGUGGAGGAAGACGGCUCGCGUGCCAGCUCUGACUUCCAGACACCGGUCUUCUCUAGAAGAAAAUGCUAAAAUCAAUGCCCCUUUUCUAUAGCAGUCCUCCAAAACCUGCUAAACAGACUGAAAACAAGAAGACACCCAAAUCUUCAACAUCUUCUGAAUCAGAACCUGAUUCAUUGUCAAUUGAAUCAUCCUCUGAAGAAGCCCAUCCUGAAAACCACAAGCAGACUCCUCCCUUUGAACAUUUUUCCCAAUCGCCUUUGGAAGUCACUGAAACAGAACAUGUUAAAAACAAGCGUAAAAAAGGACUAAGAAAAAAAAUUGUUCAUUAUUUAUUUGACAAAGGUGGGAAAAGAAAAGAAAAGAAACCUCAAGAGGAAAACUGUCAACCAGUUACAGUUGACCAAAUCAAAAAGCUGAUUAAGAGCCAACAUUUUUAUGAAGCCAGCCAACAUCUCAUUAUCAUGCAAAAACAAUCCAACAGCAAUCUAGACAGCAGAAAUGAUGACGAAACACUAGGCAAUCAGACUGAAAUUAAGGAUUUAUUAGAACUUUUAUAUCAAGAGGUCCUCCGCAUCAUACAGUCAUCUAUCAGCAUAGCAUCAGCACAGCCACAGUUGCUGAAUAAUGCAGUGAAAGCAAUAAUUAACUGGGUAGAGGAGGAGGAGGAGGAGGAGGAGGAGAGAUCUAUUCAUUCACAGCUCAGAACAUGGAAAGAGGAAUGGAGGAAUGCUAUUCAGAAAUCCAUAGAAGAACGAAUGAAAGCGCCUCCUUUGGUUGAUAACAAGGACCUCUCUACCAUUGCUAACAAUUUCUUGCAUAUGGGUAAGACUAUGAAGGAUGACAUGAUUACAGUGGUGCAGCAUAUUAAACACCAUUACCCUGAGCAUUUUCAGGUGUGCAACACUUAUGCCAAGUACUACCACCAUUACUUUUCAUCUCAGAUGGAGAUGUUUGCUGAGUUUGAAUUGAGCAAAGAAGACAUUUACCUUCUUCUCAGCUGGGUGCAAAAUUUAUAUCCAAAGGACAUUAAAAACCACAGUGUUUUAGUUAAAGAGUUGGAUGAAGCUAGUCUUGGGAACUUGUUGCCGUUGGGACAGAUUAAACGGCUUGAACAGACUUAUUUGAUUCAUGAAGUGGAUUCUGUUAGAUGUUGGUUGGACAAAUCUUUGGAAAUUGAAGUCAAGAAAUGGAUGCAAGGGACAGCACCAGAGAUAUUGGAUGAUUAUUUUCAUAGUGAAUUAUCAAUAGAUGCUAUAAAGGCUGUCUAUGGAGCACAAAAGCAUGCUGAGGAUAUCAGUCCAGGGUUGGGCCACCAAAUAUCAGCCUUGCUUUUGACAGAACUCUUGACUUUUCUGCAAAGCUACAAGAAAAAACUAGAGAUAUUCAUUAAAGAAAAUAAACACAAUCGAUAUUUUGAAGCAAUAAUCAUUGCAAACAUUAACAAUUUCGAGAAUUUCCGGACCUAUACCGUGAAGAACACAGAUUCAGCUGAGAGUGUUGUAAAAACAAAAAUCUUUUCCCUACUUGAUGACCUUCAGAACACUGGGUUUAGUGUGUUCCUUCAACCCUUGUUUCAAGAGUUACAGCCUCUUUUUAAAAAGUUUAAUGAAAAGAAAUGGGCCUCGUGCAGUGGCAUUAUGGAUGAAAUAAUUUCAGUCAUGGAGCCCCGUAUCUGUCUGUUCAAGAAGCUUAAAAAGCCUCAUCGCCAGGUUAUCAUGGAAAGAAUUCACCUCUACCUAGUCCAAAAAUAUAUUCAAAGGCUUAUGUGGAAGAACACCACACUCAAAUCUCCCGAGAAGCAAAAUCAGUUGUCUGACCUUAUUCAAAGUCAUGCUUCUAUUUUGUACACAUUUUGCACAGAGAAUGGGUCUAAUGCCACAUGGCUGGAGUCUGUUCUCCCAAGCUUGGCUGAAAUCAUCAGACUUCAAGAUCCAGAUGCUAUUAAGAUUGAAGUCAGUGCACUUGCCAGCAGAUAUCCUGAUAUCAAAUGGAGACAUCUCUGUGCUAUUUUGAACAUUAAGUCCUUACUCAGUGCUGAGUUUAAAAGCAUUAUGAGUGUGCUAAAGAUUCGUGGAGAUGCCACGCUACCAUCAUCAUCCCUGUUUUCAGGCAUCAGGAAAGAAACAUCUUUGUGCCAUCUUGAACAUUAAGCCCUUAUCCAGUGCCGAGUUUAAAAACAUUAUGAGUGUGCUAAAGAUUCGUGGAGAUGCCAUACUGCCAUAGUCAUAGUCAUCACUGUUUUCAGGCAUCAGGGUACCUUUAGAUAACUGGGGCAGUUUUCAUUUAUGGAAAAAGUUGUACUUAAUAAAUUCCUACUGCUGGCAUAAUUCUGUAACUCAGUACUCAGCCCUGGAAAAAAACAGUGAAGUCUAGAUGGAAUGUAACCUCCCAAUACAGGUAGUCCUCGAUUUUUUACGACAGUUGGGACCAGAAUUUCUGUUGCUAAGCAAGGCAGUUGCAAAGUGAGUCACAUCUGAGUUUAUGGCUUUUGCCACAGUUAUUAAAUGAAUCACUGCAAUUGUUAAGUGAAUCACAUGACUGUAAUAAGCAAAUCUGGCUUCCCUUAUUGACUUCGCUUGUGGGAAGUUGUCUGGAAAAGUUGAAAAUGACGAUCAUGUGACUAUGGAUGCUGCAACCAUCAUAAAUAUUUACCAGUUGCCAAGUACCUGAAUUUUGAUCAUGUGACCAUGGGGAUGCAGUGAGGGUGGUAAGUGUGAGGACCAGUCGCAAGUCACUUUUUUCAGUGCCUUUGUAGGUUUGAACAGUGACUAAAUGACUGGUUGUAAAUUGAGAAUGAGUGGCCCCAAAUCACCCACUGCGCCUCAUAUAGCCGAGUUAAGAAUCUAAAUGCAGCCUCUAGUCAGUUCUGUGAUGCUACACCACACCAGCUCUUAUUUCAGGAGCUGUAAAUGCUGAGUUAAAACUGACUUUUGAUAAAGACGGGCUAAUAGGCAAAGCCUAAUUUGCAUUUGAUUUUCAUAUGGUCUUUUGUUUAGCAUGAGAGAGCUUUAGCUGGAUUUUGUUUCUUAACUAAGGCUAUGUCUACAAAUCCUUUUCUCACUCUGUAUCCUCUGUAGUUCCACUAAGGUCUUUGUUUUCUUAACUCCAUGUGUCCCAGAAAAACCACAUGGAACACCUGAAGUUCUUCCAGCCAAAUGCUUUAACAAAUAGCAGAAAAUGAACAUCCUAUCUGUACCACCUGUAUGAGGUAGCUUGGAGGAGAUUUAGCCCCUAGUUUUUAUAAGGGAAAAUGAGGCAGCAAGAAAAUACUGGAUACUUUCUGCAAGAUGGUUUAUGUACAGAUACUUCUCUCCUUGCUUCACUUAGCUCACAAGGUUAUUGUGAUGAAAUAAAUGAACACUCUGCCUUGAACGGCAAAAAGAUAGUACAGAUAGUCUUCAACGUAUGACCACAAAUGAACACAAAAUUUAUAUUGCUAAUUGAGAAAUUUGUUAAAGUGAGUUUUGUCCCAUUUUACAACUCUUCUUGUCACAUUUGUUAAGUGAAUU